AUGGGUAUCGAGGUCCCAUCCCAUCCUCCAGAGCCGGUAACGCUCGCAAUCGUAGGGUGUGGAAGUCGCGGCCAGGCAUAUGCUGCAUACGCCCUCGCCGAAUCCACGAAAUGCAGGAUCGUCGCGAUCGCUGAGCCGCGCCCGAAGACGCGGAAGCUUAUGGCUGAAGCGCACACUGUCGACAAGACACUGGUUUUCAACUCCUGGAAGGACCUGAUUAACGCUUCCGAAGAGACAAUCAAGACUGUCGGGAAGCGGCUCGCGGAUGCGGUUAUCAUAUGUGUACAGGAUCGUAUGCAUCUUGAAGUGACCCUUGCGUUCGCUGAACAGGGAUAUCACAUCCUAUGUGAGAAGCCCAUGGCAACCAGUGUCGAAGAUUGUGUCAAGAUGGAAUUCGCGGUGAAGAAAGCAGGGAUCAUAUUCGGCAUGGGUCAUGUUCUUCGAUACUCGCCGUAUAACAAGGCACUAUCAGAAUUUAUUUUCUCCGGAAAGCUUGGACAAUUGAUCAAUGUUGUCCACGUUGAGCCUGUAGGCUAUUUCCAUUUUGCGCACUCGUAUGUCCGAGGGAACUGGUCCAAGGAAGAGGAAUCGUCGUUUUCUCUCAUGACCAAAAGUUGCCAUGAUAUCGACCUGCUUUGUCAUUGGCUUGCACCUAGCGUCCCCACUCGUGUUUCGUCGUUCGGAUCGUUGCUGCACUUCCGUAAGGAAGCGAAGCCCAAGGAGGCAGGUACAGCGACUCGCUGCCUAGACUGUUCAUACGAGCAGGAAUGUCCGUAUAGUGCCAAGAAGAUUUAUCUUGAUCCUGUGUCUAAGGGCCAGACUGGUUGGCCCGCUGCAACUAUAGUGGAUGGUAUUCCUGACAUUGAGAAUAUUACUUCUGUCCUCCAACAUGGGUCUUUUGGCAAAUGUGUCUAUGAGAGCGAUAAUAAUGUUUGUGACAAUCAGAUCGUGAACGUGGAAUUUUCGUCGGGAGAAACAGUGUCGUUCACAAUGAUUGCUCAGACAGAGCAAAUCUGUGAACGCCAAACUCGUCUGCAUUUUUCGCACGGAGAAAUUAUUGGCGAUAUGAGCAGUUUCACUGUGACAGAUUUCCGUACUGGCGAGACAACUCGACACACACCAAAAUCCGAGGGUGGCAAUCAUGGCGGAGGCGAUAUCGGACUCAUCCGGACCUUCAUCGAAGCCGUGCGCACUGAAAAACAAGAGCUUCUGGGAACGGAUAUAGCGGAUGUCCUGAACAGUCACUUGACUGUCUUUGCGGCAGAGAAGAGCCGGAAAGAGGGUAUUGUGGUCGACUGUGCGGGGUUCGCGAAGGAGGCGAAGGCGAAGUAUCUUACUUGA